AUGCGGGGGGCUGUUGUGUCGCGUGCCAGAGAUCUGGCCUGCGACACUGGACCCAUCUCUCCUGGUCACACGGCAGCCCCUUGGGGAAACAGGAGGCGUUUGAUCUCCUCCGGAUUUAAGGCUCCCUAUCUCGCUGGCUCCUCCCUCCAUGGGCCUCCUGAUCCCCCACUCCCUGUGUGCGCCUCAGGACGCCUCCACGGAGAAGGGACGAAGCUGCCAGACUGGAGAAGGAAGACGCGGGAGAGUUUGCCGGAGACUGACGGGACUCGCAUAAGCCAGGACCUGGGAGGAGGCAGUUUGGCUAUGGACAUCCUCCCUGACAAUAAGACGCAGAUUGUGGAAGACAACCACCAGUACUACGUGUCACGGUUCUACGGGCCGGGGGAGACACGCACCAAGGAGCUCUGGGUUGACGUGGCGGAAGCCAACAGGAGCCAAGUGAAAAUCCAUGGGAUCCUCUCCAACACCCACAGGCAGGCCUCAAGAGUCAUCCUGUCCUUUGACUUCCCCUUCUAUGGCCACCACCUGAGGCAGAUCACCAUAGCAACAGGAGGUUUCAUCUUCACGGGGGACGUCAUUCACCACAUGCUCACGGCCACCCAGUACAUCGCGCCUCUGAUGGCCAACUUCAACCCCAGCUACUCCCGCAACUCCACCGUCAAGUACUUCGACAACGGGACGGUGUUUGUGGUGCAGUGGGACAAGGUCUAUCUGCAGGGGAAGGAGGACAUUGGCAGCUUUACGUUCCAGGCUGCUCUGCACAGUGACGGGAGAAUCGUCUUUGGGUACAAGGAGAUCCCCAUGUCGGUGCAGGAGAUCAGCGCCACGCAGCACCCCGUCAAAGCCGGCCUGUCCGACGCCUUCAUGCUCCUCAACUCUUCCCCUGUCGUUCCAGAGUCUCGCCGCAGGACGAUCUACGAGUACCACCGCGUGGAGCUGGACACCAGCAAGGUCGCCAGCGUGUCAGCCGUGGAAUUCACCCCCCUGCCCACCUGUCUCCAGCAUCAGAGCUGUGACGCAUGCAUGACCUCGGAGCGGACUUUCAACUGCAGCUGGUGCCAUGUCUUGCAGAGAUGCUCCAGUGGGUUUGACCGAUACCGUGAGGAGUGGCUGUCGCAUGGCUGUGGCCAGGAGUCAGACGAGAGGACCUGCGAGGACUGGGCAGACACUGAGAGUGAAUACUCCCCAACCCCAAACAGCCCCUUCACGUCAUUUGAAGAUGUCACUACCUCCUCUCUCUUCAUUGGCAGCCUCACCACAGAAGAUGACACAAAGCUGAAUCAGUAUUCAGGAGGGGAUGGAGUGAGCAAUGACCUUCCCAUGAAGACAGCCGGAACCCCGAUUCACACCGGCACCAUUGUGGGGAUAGUCCUGGCCGUCCUGCUCAUUGCAGCCAUAACCCUGACUGUGAUUUACAUCAGCAGCCACCCCACCUCCAACGCUGUAGGAAAGGUUUAUCAGCAGAGACCACACCAUUGGCCAGCCAUGAAGUUCCGAAACCACAGCAACCACACCACCUACUCGGAGGUGGAACCUGCUGGCCACGAAAAGGAGGGCUUUGUGGAGGCAGAGCAGUGCUGA